GUUCCCACGGUGAGUAGCGGGGACUUGGGAGCUGGCAGCGCGCAGCGAAGUUCCCGGGGCCUGGCCGGGCUGUGACCGGCCGAGAGCGGGUCCAUGGGCCGAGUCCUGCCGCGCUGAGGGGGGCGGCGAUGGCCCUGGCGCUGCGCCUGCUGCUGCUGGGGGCUGCAGCCCUGCAGGGGGGGCACUCCCGCUUGCACUCCAGGCGCGUAUUGGACACGGUGGUGUCGGAGCCCAGCCCAGGGCUGCCCUGGUACAGCCGUGUUGUGUAUGUGGACGAUCAGGUCAUCUACGUCUACACCAGCGGGAUGCAGAAGGCGGAGCCUCGCACAGCGUGGAUGGCGCAGAACGAGGGUCCAGAGUUCUGGGACGAGAGGACCUGGUGGGCACAGCGCCAUCAGAAAUGGUUCAAAGCGAGUUUGAACACCCUGGGUCAGCUCUACAACCAGAGCGAGGGCUCUGUUGAGUCCAGUACCCGACCAGCCGCCAGCACCAGAGGGGCAGUGAGGCACCAGCAGGGUUGCGGUACCAUCCAUCCUGGAGGUGUUUGUUGUGGCCAGGGACUUGCUGGCAUGUUCGCUACCACCGUUGCUGGCUGUACAACAGUUGGUGUCAGCAGUGCAGGUGCUCCUACUCAGUGGUGUCUGAGAGAAGGCUUCCUCUGUUACACCAAACAGCAGCUGAUCCUGACUACGAUAUUGAGCCAGGUACAGACUCUCAGAACCUGGAGCGACAGGAUCCGACCUGCAGCACCUCAAAGGCUGAAGCUGUGCAUUGUCUCCCUGGCCUCCAUCAUUCCUUCCCUGGAUCCAGGGGAUGGGUACGCCGCCCUUGAUUUGAAAGAUGCCUAUUUCCACAUCUCUAUUUUCCGAGGCCACAGAAGGUUUCUCAGGAUCAUUGUGAACCAGGCUCAUUACCAGUUUACCAUCCUCCCAUUCAGCCUGUCAGCAGCCAAAUGGGUCUUUAUGAAAUGCAUGGUAAUAGCGGCAGCCUACCUGAGAAG